AUGGCACGCCAAAUGGUUGUUCUUGCUCUCAUCUCCCUCGCCCUCGUCGGCUUCGUCGCCAGCGCCGCCCCUGCUUCUGCCCCCGCCAGCCACGCUGCCCCCAAGUCAAGCCAUGCCCCACCACCAAAGCCCCACAAAGCCACACCGCCACCAAAGCCUAGCCACCACCAUGCCCCACCACCCAAGAAGUCAUCUGCUCCCCGUCCUUCCGUCGCUGCCCCCAAGUCCUCCCGAUCAGCUCACGCAUCAUCUGCCACCCCAGGUCAGGCAUCAUCACCACCUGCUCCAUCGUCCAGCAACCCUUCGGUAUCUGACGCACCGGGGUCUGAUGCACCGGCCGAUGCACCAUUCGGCGCCGGAGCUAGCCUCAAAGGGUCGGCUGCGACCGGUGCAAUCGCCAUCGCAAGUUACUUCAUGUUCUAG